AUGCCAUUGUCAGUGGUCCUAUUCCUCCUGGAUCUCUCUCUCUCAGCGCCGGUAUGGGCCUCGCACCAACACUUCCACCCCCACUCCAUCAAGAUCCCGGGCGACAUCACCCUGGGCGGUCUCUUUCCCAUCCACGCCCGGGGCCCUCACGGCCUGCCCUGCGGUGAGCUAAAGAAGGAGAAGGGCAUCCACCGCAUGGAAGCCAUGUUGUACGCGCUGGACCAAAUAAACGGCGACCCCUCGCUGCUGCCCAACAUCACCCUGGGCGCCCGCAUCCUAGACACCUGCUCCCGGGAUACGUACGCCCUGGAGCAGUCCCUGACCUUCGUGCAGGCACUCAUUCAGAAGGACACGUCCGACAUCCGCUGCUCAGACGGACUGCCGCCCAUCAUUCGGAAGCCGGAACGCGUGGUGGCUGUGAUCGGCGCCUCCGCCAGCUCGGUCUCCAUCAUGGUGGCCAAUAUCCUGCGCCUCUUUGAGAUCCCUCAGGUGAGCUAUGCAUCGACGGCUCCGGAACUGAGCGACAACAAUCGCUACGACUUCUUCUCCCGAGUUGUCCCUCCGGACUCGUACCAGGCUCAGGCCAUGCUGGACAUUGUCAAAGCUCUGGGCUGGAAUUACGUGUCCACACUGGCCUCAGAGGGAAACUAUGGCGAGAGUGGAGUGGAUGCCUUUAUGCAGAUCUCCAGAGAAGCCGGUGGCGUGUGUAUUGCCCAGUCGGUGAAGAUUCCCCGCGAGCCGACAGACGGUGAGUUUGACAAGAUUAUUAAUCGCUUGAUGGAGACCAGCAACGCCAGGGGAGUCAUCAUCUUUGCCAACGAGGACGAUAUCAAACAGGUCCUAGAGGCGGCCAAGCGUGCCAACCUGACAGGGCACUUUCUGUUUGUGGGCUCAGACAGCUGGGGGGCAAAGAGCUCGCCCGUCAUGGAGCUGGAGGACGUUGCUGAAGGGGCCGUCACCAUCCUGCCCAAACGAGCGUCCAUAGAUCGCUUUGAUCAGUACUUCAUGUCUCGCUCUCUGGAGAACAAUCGCAGAAACAUUUGGUUCAACGAGUUUUGGGAGGACGACUUCCGGUGCAAACUGACCCGACCUGGAGUUGAAGUGGACCCCGGAAAGAAGAAAUGCACAGGCCAAGAGAGAAUCGGCCGGGACUCUCCAUACGAGCAGGAGGGGAAGGUUCAAUUUGUGAUUGACGCUGUGUACGCUGUCGCCUACGCCCUGCACAGCAUGCAGCAACAGCUCUGUGGCGACCAAUCCGACGGAGGCGUUUGCAGCGCCAUGGACCCCGUAGAGGGACGCUCUUUGCUCGGCUACAUUCGAGAUGUCAACUUCAACGGAAGUGCAGGGACCAGUGUCUUGUUCAACGAGAACGGAGACGCUCCCGGCCGUUAUGACAUUUUCCAGUUCCAGAUGACCAAUCACAGUCACCCUGGCUACCACGUGAUCGGCCAGUGGACGAACAACCUGCGUCUCAAUCUGGAAGAGAUGCAGUGGUCUGGAGGAGAUAAGUCACUUCCUGACUCCAUUUGUAGUUACCCCUGUAAACCAGGAGAGAGGAAGAAGAUGGUCAAAGGGGUCCCCUGUUGUUGGCAUUGUGAGCUGUGCGAUGGCUACCAGUACCAAGCGGACGAGUUCAGCUGUGAGAUGUGUCCGCUUGACAUGCGUCCAGUUGCGAACAGGACCGGCUGUCGUCCGACGCCCAUCAUCAAGUUGGAGUGGAACUCACCCUGGGCCCUGGUGCCCGCCUCGCUUUCCAUGCUAGGCAUUCUAGCGACCUGCACGGUUGUCAUCACUUUCGUCCGCUUUAACGACACACCUAUUGUCAGAGCUUCUGGACGAGAGCUCAGCUACGUUUUGCUGACCGGUAUCUUUUUGAUCUACUUGAUCACGUUCCUAAUGAUCGCCGAGCCCGGCGUGGUGGUGUGCGCGUUCCGGCGUCUCCUGCUGGGCCUGGGCAUGGCCAUCACGUACUCCGCCAUGUUGACCAAAACCAACCGCAUAUAUCGCAUCUUCGAACAGGGCAAGCGCUCGGUGACGCCGCCCAAGUUCAUCAGCCCCACCUCACAGCUGCUCAUCACCUUUAUCCUGGUCUCCGUUCAGGUGUUUGGGGUGUUUGUGUGGUUCGCUGUGGUGCCGCCUCACACCAUAGUUGACUACGAGGAGCUUCGUCCUCCGAACCCUGACUUGGCCAGAGGAAUUCUCAAGUGUGACAUGUCUGACCUAUCACUCAUCUGCUGCCUGAGCUACAGCAUCGUGCUGAUGGUGACGUGCACUGUAUACGCUGUGAAAAGCCGCGGAGUCCCAGAGACAUUUAAUGAGGCGAAGCCGAUCGGCUUCACCAUGUACACCACCUGUAUCGUCUGGCUAGCCUUCGUACCCAUCUUCUUUGGGACGGCCCAAUCCACAGAAAAGAUGUUCAUCCAGACGGCAACCUUGACUAUAUCCAUGACUCUUAGCGCGUCUGUCUCCCUCGGGAUGCUUUACAUUCCCAAAGUGUAUGUCAUCCUCUUCCAGCCCGAGCAGAACAUCCAGAAGCGGAAGAGGAGCUUCAAGGGUGUCGUCCAGGCUGCUCAGCUGUCCCAUAAAUCCAUCAAGGAAAAUCAGAACGGAAGGAGCAAUUUUGAGCCUGAUAGAACGCAGUAA